CAUCAUUAGCGUUACUUUUUAUGGAGACUAGAAACAACUCUCGUGCUGGAUCAUCAUGAUGAUGCAAAUAACAAGUAGCUUAAUAUUAUCGUAAAGAUGACACUACACUUCUGAGGAAUGACGAAAAUAACGAGGAGGAUAAACUACGGCUCUGGCUGCACAUAUCGACUAAAGAUGUGCCGCUUUUUGCUGCUUUUCUUGAGCUUACAGCAAGUGAUCACCAAGAACGCUCUGGGCAUGCAUCUUCCCAACCGUGCUGACCGUCGCGAAUGCAGUGCAUGUUAUGGACUUGGUCCUCACUAAAAUGAUUACAACUUCUGACUGAAAUAAGGUACGUAGCGACAGCUUUUAAAGGCUACUCUUGCUUCCUUCAGUAUCUCGGUUAUUCUCGUCUGCUACUUGCUUACUCCAGUUUAUCGAAUAGACGGCUUCUAAUUUCAACGACUCCGUAUUGUUACCCUUGUUGAGGUCAGUAUCACUAUGUACCAAGAACAUCAACAAGGAUCCACUGACCCACACUUUUCCAACGCUGCUUUACACAAUCAAGGACCCACUGACCCACAUUGCUCCAAUCUCUCGUUCGAGGAUGCGAGCAACGGGGGACAGAGAAAUUGUGCGCCGAAACUUAUCACAAUUACACGAUCGCAAGUAUGAAGCCAUUGAGCGAUUGCAAUUGUAUGGUACUUUUAUAGAUACUUCUAUUCGAAAACUCAAAAUAACCGAGUUACUGACUGAAAUAAGGGAGGUUAUAGCUUAACAUCAGGGCUACUCUACCUUCUCAUCAGUAUCUCGGUUACUCUGAUCAGUUACUUGCUUAUUUCAGUUUUUCGAAUAGUUCUACUUCUAUAGUACUAUACACUGCAGUCUGCACUCUUUCUAUACCAUUGUACUCAUGAUGUCAUCCGAUGAUAAAGGUUACUCAUUUCAAGACCAAAGUGAGUGAUGAUGAAGCUUUAUACUCAGUCUGCACUAGUUCUAUACCAAGUAUGGCCCCUGUAGCUCUAUACUAAGUACUCUGCAGUCAGGAUGUCAUCUUCCGAUGAACAAGAUUACUCAUUUCAAGACGACUAACUUCUACUGACAAAAGAGAUAGUCAACAUAGUACUAGAAGAUUUGAGCCUGUACAUUUUUUUCAUUCUUCUAAUCUGUGCGAAGAAGAUGGUUGGUCUUACCCUUACCUAAACCCGGGAGGAGCGGCAGGGGGACAACACACAUGGAAGUGCUGCUUUGAUCACUACUGCAUUCCGGAGCCUUGAGGACGACGCUGAUGUGGGGGGGGCAGGUGGAUUCUAAAACCAGCACGAUCAUGAUGCUUCGGCUCGAAGAAGAAGAUGCAGAGAUCUGGUGAAGCAGAGGCGCAGCUAGCACUACUUUCUAGUAAGCAGACGCGCCGACGUCCUCAAGAAGAGCAAGGAACAAGAGAACACUUCUGAUUUCUUUUUUGUUUGUUUUUUCCAUUUGACAUCGAAAAGAUGACAACUAUGUUUUUUCAGUGCACCACGUGCCUAUUUUUAUAGCAGUGGGAAGAUGGGUGAACAAGAAGCGGUAGCUUCAUCUCAAUCACGAUGUAGAAGCG